UAGCGCGGACUGAGCGGGCCUGCUGAGGCAGUCACAGGCGUAGCGACUCCCUCCUUGGCUUCUUGCAUUGGGCGACACAGCAGGCGGCGAAGCCUUCAGCCGGCCGGGCUCUGCCGACCGCCUGGCUAAAAGAACUGACUGAACGUCCAGCUCGGAGCUGCGGAGCGACGUGAAGAAGCUUGGGAAGGAGAACGAAAGCGGGGGAAAGCGGACCCCCCGUUCUCCUCCCCCCCACUCCCCGCCUUUCCUCCCCGUGCGGGGGAACGCUCCCUUUCAGGCAGGCGCUCCGCGGGGCAGCCGUCGAGAGGCGAUACUGGGGGGCCGCGGCAGAGGGAGCCGCGGCAGAGGGAGCCGUCGAGGCGCGGGCAGAAGUGGCGGAAGGGCGUCCAGAAGGGAGCCCUCGGCUGUGGCGCCGGGCCCGGCGGGGAUGGCGGCUACGGGGAGCAUCACCACCUUUCCCGACGACGGCGGCGGUGGCGGCGGCAGCGGUGGCCCCUUCCCGCCUGGACACUUUAAGGACCCCAAACGGCUGUACUGUAAAAACGGAGGCUUCUUCCUGAGAAUUAACCCCGAUGGCCGGGUGGACGGAGUCCGGGAGAAGAGCGACCCGCACAUCAAGUUAAUACUUCAAGCUGAAGAGAGAGGCGUGGUGUCAAUCAAAGGUAUACGUGCAAACCGUUUCCUUGCUAUGAAUGAAGAUGGACGAUUGUUAGCACUGAAAUAUAUAACAGAUGAAUGCUUCUUUUUUGAACGCUUGGAAUCUAAUAACUAUAACACAUAUCGGUCUCGUAAAUAUUGUGAUUGGUACAUAGCACUGAAACGAACUGGUCAAUACAAACCUGGACCAAAAACUGGACGAGGACAGAAAGCUAUUCUUUUCCUUCCAAUGUCUGCCAAAAGUUGAUUUGAGUGUCACAAUUCAUAAAAUAUUGUGCAACAACAGUAGAUGUUCCCUCCUCCACAAGACAAAUUAAUGUGAUAUUUUCCAAUCAACUGUGUUUGCCAAUUAAUUUGAUAUCAUUACAGUGUAGAACUAUAAGACUGAAAACCAUUUUCAUUCUACGUUUAUGUAAGGAUGUUUGUGUAUGCAUACUAAUGUGAGUGUGGCAUGGAGACA